UUCCAUCUUCCCUUCCUCCCACCCUCCUCCGUUUUCCUCCCUGUCCAUUCCCCCUUUCUCCUCCUCACUCUGUCCAUAUUUUCUUCACUAUCUCUCCUUUCUCCGCCUUCACCUUAUUCUCUGUCCACCUCCUCUGUCUCUCCUCCUUUCAAUCUAUCAUCUCCCUUUUCUCUUUGCAUCUUCCCUAUCUCUCCCCCUCUCUCAUCCUUUUGCCCUUCUGUCCUCCGCUCCCUCCUUUUCUGACCAUCUCCUCCCUAUUUCUCCUUCUUUCUCCUGCUCCCCACCCCUUUACCUCUCUCGUCCUCAAUCUCUGCCCAUAUCCUUCUCCUAUAUUUGCUCCUUCUCUUCUGUCCAUCUCCUCCCUAUCUCUUCUUCUCUCUUUCCCCUCUUCUGUAUAUCUCCUCUUCCUCCAUUUUCCUUCCUCCUCCUCGCCCUUCACCUCUGUAUGCUGUGUGUUGCUGUGUGUGAUCAGUUCCUGCUGGACGCUGCCCGGACAGUGUGUCCUAACCUGUAUGUGGUGGCUGAGCUGUUCACUGGCAGUGAGGAGCUGGAUAAUGUCUUCGUCACCAAGCUAGGGAUCUCAUCGCUCAUACGAGAGGCCAUGUCAGCCGGGGACAGCCAUGAGCAGGGCCGGCUGGUCCACCGCUACGGGGGAGAGCCGGUCGGGGCCUUUGUUCAGCCCAGCCUCCGCCCACUCAUGCCCUCCAUUGCACACGCCAUGUUCCUUGAUGUUACCCAUGACAACGAGUGUCCCAUACAGCUGCGCUCAGCACUGGACUCCCUCCCCAGCUCAGCGAUGGUGUCCAUGGCCUGCUGUGCUACCGGCUCCACCAGAGGAUAUGAUGAGUUAAUGCCACAUCAGAUCUCUGUUGUGAAGGAGGAGCGAUUUUACCCCAAGUGGAACCCUUCAGCAGCCCCCUCCUCUGGCGGUGAGGUUGGACCUCAGACAGGCAUCAUAGCUGGGAAACUGGCCCUGAAUAAGCUGCACCAGGAGCUGGCCUCACAAGGCUUCAUCCAGGUGUUUGUGGACCAGGUGGAUGCAGAUGUUGUUGCAGUGACUCGCCACUGUCCCAGCACACACCAGUCUGUGGUGGCCGUGUGCAGGACGGCCUUCUGGAACCCACAAACACACAAAUAUGACACCAACAUCCCACCCAUGUUCAUACCUGGAAAAAUAGAGGAAGUGGUGCUGGAGGCCAGGACAGUGGAAAGGCAUGCUGGGAGUUAUAAGAAGGAUGACAAAUACAUCAACGGCAUGCCAGAGUACACUGUGGAAAUAAAGGAGCAUAUAUUGUUACAGGAGAGUACAGUGGUUAAGCAAGCUGGAGUGACUUCUAAAGGUAUAUCAGAGUUUAUGGAGGAAAUCACCUUUCAGAAUUUGACACCUGGCAGCGUCAUCGCCUUCAGGGUUAGUUUGGACCCCAAGGCCCAGAAGCUGGUGGGGGUGCUGAGAUUUUAUCUGACUCAGUUCAGCCCAAAAUACAGGAGAGGCAGUGUAGCAGAUGAACACCUGCCAGAGAUUCUGACCAAACCCCUGGCACAACUGAUGUCCAGGCUGACGUUAGCCGACCUGAACAUCCUGCUUUUCCGCUGUGACGCUGAGGAACAGGAAGAUGGUGGAGGCUGCUACGGGAUCCCAGGAUGGGAGAGCCUCAAAUAUGCUGGACUACAAGGUCUGAUAUCAGUGCUGGCUGACAUCCGUGCCAACAAUGACCUGGGCCAUCCUGUGUGUGGCAACCUCAGACAAGGGGACUGGCUCAUAGACUUUGUCGCCAACAGACUGACACGCAGAGAGGGACAACUGCAACAGGUGAGCAGCCUACAGGGCCACCAAUACAAAAAGACACAUUUCAUUUGUCUCUUCUG